UUUACGUAACGUGCAGCUGAAUUUGUGGAGGACAAUAAAGCUGCUUUUUAACAUGUUUGGGAAUCAAGUUGUAACCUUUCACGAGCCACAAACGUGUUAAGUGUGGGAAUCUCCAAGAGGACGUCGAUCGAAGACUCUGACUCCACCCACCAACGGCCAAACUCACCGCAGAUCUCCGUGCUUAACGUCAAGGUGAUCUUUUUUCAAAGAAGGCGUUCGUUGCCUCUAUUGCACCCAAGAGUUGGCGCUUUUUUUGUUGUUUCUUUUUUAAAAUUUGUGUUUAUGAUCAGAAAUCUGUGCGCGGGUGGAGUCAUGGCCGCCUCCAUCGCCAGAGGGCGCAUGGUAAGCUGUAUUUUAAAGACGUUGUCAAAAUGCUGAUGGGACUGGGGAGACCGCCCAGAGAAACAUCCACGACCAGUCACACAGCAGCAGGGGGCAGUAACAGCCAAUCACACGGGUCAACGGAAGCUGCGUCCCCCAUGUUACACAGAUGGCGCCCAAAGCGCCCCUCAGAUCAUUAUCUCCAGCCUGUUUCAGAGUGUCUUCCUCCACAGAAGAGUGACUAUAUUGGCAAAAGUGUUUUUUCACCUGAUAAGUGUGUAUUUGUGGUGGCGUAUGACUCGCUGAGAGGGCAGCUGGAGAAUGGGAGUUUGAGUUCCUCUUUGCAGGCAUAUAAAACACUACAAAAAGCUGAUAUUAUGCAGGAGUCUACUUCAACUACAAAUGAAGCGUCUUCGUCACGAGAGACAAAAGCUCAUGCUGAUCGAAUCCUCAACAGGAAGUCCAACAGGAGCAAGUCAAAUGAGGAGCCAGGAGAGGACGAGAGAAAGAUAUGGAUGGCCUUUUGCCGGAGGAAGAAAACGAGUAGGGUGGCUGACCUUUAUCCUCGUAGCAGGAAACCAACUCGGUCGGAGCCCAUUGUUUUAUCCAGUGAAGACGACGAGGCGGAUGAACGUGAUGAGGGCAGCCAGAUUUACCAGACUCCUCAUCGGAAUCAAAUACCUCAUCAGACACAAGGAGGAGACCUGCAGCUGCCGUCCUUCCUGGAGCUGGACUUUUUGUCGCUUGACAUUGGCUUGAUGCAUUCUGAUGCCAGUGGGAAGAUGAAGAUUACAUCCAGCGGAAUUGUUCUCCCGCUUAAAGGAGUGGAAGAAAGCGAGGUGACUGUGGUUGCGUCACAAAUGCUAGGCUAUGGUUUAUGGGAUGGCGGUGUAGCUCUGGAUGGGACUCUGCUAGAUGAGGUGGUAGGGCCCGCGCCGUCGCUCCUCUUCCUGUGGGUGACGGAUGCUCAGGCCAACGUGCUGCACAGGGAGAUAGCCCUCAUCCAGAAUACCAGUGCCCCAGGCCAACCAUGCUCCAUCCUUCUACUGGUGAUGGCAGAGCAGCUUCCUGACUCCCAGGCUGCACUGUUGGCAUCUAUGUUGGAGAUGACGGAGUUCAGGGAAGGCCGCUCCUCCUCAGGAGGGGGGCUGACCUCCCCCCUGGACUGGACUGAUGGGCUGUUGCUCAUCCACAGCUGCCCCGCCCCACUGGACGAACACCUCCUUCGUCUGCUGGGCCAGUUGCCGGAGAUGUCCAAUCCGCUGAGAAGAAGCUCCAGAAAUCAGGCAUCUGCUUUGGAGGUGGCCAGCAGGUUAAUUCAGUAUCCGGCGGCACCCUCCAAAGGCCGGAUCACAGUGACAAAGGAGGACUUGGCCUGUCUGGAAAGUGGCCAGUUCCUUAAUGAUGUCAUCAUAGACUUUUACCUCAAAUUCCUCCUCCUGGAGGGUGGUGGCCGAGCCGUGGCUGAGCGGAGUCACAUCUUCAGUAGUUUCUUCUUUAAACACCUCAGCAGUCGGCAAAUCUCCAGUGAGGGGGCUGCUGUCGCCCCAGAUCAGUACAUGAGGCACCAGAGGGUGAAGACAUGGACUCGCCAUGUUGACAUUUUCACUAAAGACUUCCUGUUUGUGCCCAUCAAUAAGGAAGCUCACUGGUUCCUGGCGGUGAUUUGUUUCCCAGGUCAGGCUGGCACUCAUUAUGAGCAGCGUACAAGUGGAACCAAGCUCCUCAGUAUGAGAUCAGAGCAGCCGCCGCCAUGUACAGCGCAAGGUUGCAUGAGGGAGGUCACGUUGACUCGGCCAUGCAUCUUGGUCAUGGACUCUCUGAAAGUGCAGCAGCAUGAAAACGUUUGCAAGCUACUGCGAGACUACCUGGAGGUGGAGUGGGAAGAACGUAGGGGGGUACAUCGCGUCUUCACCUCAAUCAGCAUGCACAGCUACAGCUGCAGCGUCCCACAGCAGGACAACAGCAGCGACUGCGGUUUGUACCUGCUGCAGUAUGUGGAGAGCUUCUUUCAGAACCCUGUGGUGCACUUUGACCAACCUCUCCUUUUGGGCCGCUGGUUUCCACGACAACAGGUGCGGCAGAAACGUGAGGAGAUCCGACACUUGAUUCAGAGGCUUCACAGGAGUCAGGCACAGGCUGAAAUUAUUUGAUGAUUGUACAGUAUUUUUCUUUGCUAUGUAUUUAUUAAUUUUCUUCAUGU